AUGUCAAUAAACCCCCCUUACGCUCUGAUCCACCUCACUGGCGACCCCGAUCUUAGGAACCGCAGCCGCGUCCACGUCGUCGAUCUGGUUUCAGGAGAAAUUCACCCCCGUCCAAUGGUCAACCUCCACGCAGUUUCUCAAGCCGUGCUGCGAUGCGACCCCGAGCGCGGCGAGAAGUUCACCGUGCUCGCACUGACCGAAGACGGUACCCUCGUGGUGGACCGCGGCGAAGAAGACGCACUUGACUCUUCCAGUACUGCACCUCCGGCGCUGUCACCACUCCACGGGUUCACUCCCAAGGCUUUAUCCGCCGACGGGACUCGCGCGUUGUGUUUCGUCGGCGCGGUGCCGCCUUUCCCGGGACCUCGUACCCCUGCCCCGCCGCGGUUCUGCGUCGUGGACACCGCCACCGGAGAGAUACUGUCGGGGCCAUUCGAGGGCGAGCGGCCUUCGGAAAUCAUUGGCGAAGACCACAGAAGGGAUAUCAGGCGGUAUUGGGACAGCCGUGGCAUGUGGUACAACCGCGGGGGGUGGUUUUGGAGCACGCUGCAUGGCAGGCUCUACCGAGCUGCUGCUCUCGACGUGCACGAACACCGCGUUGAUCGAGUCGCGGUCACGAAUGACGGGUCGAUGGUCGUAUGGUCGGAUCGGCGCGGGGUCGUGCGCUUCCAUCGCAACGUAGGCGACGUUUGA